AUGGAGCAGAAAGAGGCGGUGCAGGUGCAAGGCAGCGUUGCGGCAGAGCCGCGGCAGUUACCUCGAUGUACCCUCCUGCUUCAAGAUAGCCAGUUCGUGAUUCCAAAUGAUGGAGAUAAAUCCCAGAUGCAAUACAAUAUUAAAGAUGGUUAUCUUUACGAGAUUGAUCACGCUCAUUUACCCCCAAGAACCCCAGCUCACCUCCGCUCCAUCAGAGUUGCUAUGGUCUGCGAGAAGACGGAGGUGAAUGUGGCAGUGAGGUAUCCAAGCAUGGAGUCGCUAAGAGCAUUCUUCAACUACAGCUUGAGAGAGUCGCACCCGUCUUUAGAUGAGAAGUUUGUGAUGGGGUCGGCGCUGGCAGCCAGAGUGCUUGUUAGGACAGUUCCGGCUGAGGUUUUCACGGAGCAGAAGAGUUGGAUAGCUUUCUGGCUGACUGCGCAAAGGAAAGGAAGUAGUUGUCUGUCUGAGGCUCUCAAGGGGAAUGGGAUGGUGACAUGGGGGAUAAGAAGGCAAGUAAAGUAUUUGGGUAGGCAUAAGGAGAGUGAUGACAAUGGUGUAUACAUUGCUCAGAACUCAUCUUCAAGCCUUGUCAAUGGAGUUGAGGAAUCCCAGAUGGGAUUAGUAGCUACUGCUGAUGGUGGAGAAUCUACAGAAGAAGACCCUAAAUGUGGAGAUGGUGAGAGAGGGGAAGAUAUGGAAAAUGCAGAGGAGGAGGAAGAAGAAGAAGAAGAAGAAGAAGAAGAAGAAGAAGAAGAAGAAGAAGAAGAAGAAGAAGAAGGAGAAGAAGAAGAAGGAGAAGAAGAAGGAGAAGGAGAAGGAGAAGAAGAAGAAGAUGAAGAAGAAGGAGGAGUAGAGGAAGAAGAAGAAGAUGAUGAUGAUGAAGAAGAAGAAGAGAAAAUCAAGGUUAAGGAGAUCAAUGAGAACUUGAAAAGAAAGAGGUACUCUUUCAGGAAUUUGAGCGUAAGGAAAACAAAGAAAGCAAAGCUUGAGAUCAAAAAGCAAAAGCAAAAUCAUACGCAGAAGAAGAAGAAUCAGGUCAAGAAAAAGGGUAGUAAGAGAUCAAGGGAAUCACUCAUUCCAAGAGAUCCAAAAGAUCGUUGGUCUGCUGAAAGGUACAAGCUUGCUGAGCAAAAUCUUUUGGAGGUGAUGAAAUCAAAGGGAGCAAAAGCUGAGAAACCGAUCUUGAGGCCUCAGUUGAGAGCAGAAGCAAGAAAGAGGAUAGGCGACACGGGGCUGCUUGAUCAUCUCCUGAAGCAUAUGGCCGGAAAGCUUGCUCCGGGCGAGCAGGAGAGGUUCAGGAGGCGGCACAACCCAGACGGAGCAAUGGAGUAUUGGUUGGAAAGUGCUAAUCUUGUUAACAUCAGGAGGGAAGCUGGGGUGACUGACCCAUAUUGGGUGCCACCUCCUGGCUGGAAACUCGGUGACUCGCCAACUCAAGACCCUAUAUGUGCUAGAGAGUUGAAGCUGCUUAGGGGUGAUGUUUCAAAAAUAAAAAGGAGUUUGGAAUUGAUGGCAACAAAAAUGCAGUUGGAGGAGGAAGUUGGAAAGUUGAGAAGGGAAGUUGGUGAAAUCUCUUCCAAGAAAAAGCAACUAGAAAAUCAAACACUCGCAGAAGAAUCAAACCGUUUUGACAUAAGUCAAAAGCUUGAUCAGCUUGCUGCUUCAUUGGAAUCCUCGAAACGCCAUUUUGGCUGCGUGCAUCUUUCAGUGGAAAAGUACAAGGAACAAUUGAUGACCAUCUCAGAUUUUGUGAAAGACAUUGAGGGAAAAUUUGAAAAGCUAGCUCCCAAUGUGACAGAAACAGCAAAGACAGGCUCUUCAUUAAUGGUAGUAAGAGGUACACAUAUGGUGAGAGAGAAAACAGCAGUGGAGAGAGAGAGCAAGAGCAAGAGCAAACAACAGCAAGUACAAGAUGCAUUAAGUGCAACUGCUGAGAAAAAAACAUUACAGUUAGAGGAAAAGACAGCAAAGAUACAAAGGCUGAAGAGUGGGUUCAGAAUCUGCAAGCCACAGGGGACUUUCCUGUGGCCAAACAUGGUCAAAGACAGCAGCAGCAUUGAUAACUCCACUAGUUUUGUACAGGUCCAAGUUGAGGUUCCCACACCUCCUUCAGUUUCCUCCUCCACCGUGGCACCUCAGCUUCAUCACUAUCAGCCACCACCGCCAUCCAUAGUCAAGCCAUUGGCUGAAAAACGUGCAGUUACAGUCACAGUCUCCACGUUGUCUAACACCCCUUCUUUAGUCAAUCUAAAUGAUGCCCCAAUCAUUAAUCUCGAUGAUGCGCACAAGGUUGCUGCAAAUACGCUGCCGUUGGAGUGUGGCGGUGCUUAUACAGAGACGACGACGAGCUGCUGCCCGGCGACUUAUGAGUGAUAAUAAUCUAGCCAAAGAUCUUCAUCUGAAAGACCAAAUGGACAUCGACAACGGAUGGGUUCCAAUUGAGGUGAUUGCCGGUUUUAACCGAAUAAAAGAGAUGACAAAUGAUGUUAAGUUGAUUCUGGACAGCUUGAGAGAUUCAGAUAUAGUUGAAGUCGAGGGAGACAAAUUAAGGCGACGUACUACUUGGAAGAAAUGGAUAGCUUAUCGUAAAGCAGCGCCUUAUGGAAUUAAGGUUGUUCUCACGUAUCCAAUUAAGGAGCAUCAAGUGUCAACCAAAGACAAAGCAAACAAGUAACACAAAAAGAAUGCUAGUAAAGAGGUUUUUUAUUUUUAGACGAGUACUCUUUUUCCUUUAUUGGCGUUUUUUCCUCUGGGUUUUCCCUAUGAAGGUUUUAAUGAGACUCGGGCCCUUAGUAUGCAAUCUUGU